GAGGUGGCGACAAACUCUUUAUCACUUUCUGGCCUCAUUCCGCCCCUGGGCCACCCGCCCAGCUUGCGGGGAGCUGGAGCCUUUGUGGGUGCGGCCUACAAAGCCUUUCAGAACCAGCCGCUGAAGUUUGACAACAUACAGGAUGGGGAGCCAGGGGGUUACCUUGUGGACUGCAUGAAGCAGACGGAGGGGGCUGUGGAUGACGACUCACCGUCCUCUCGUGCCAACAAGGAGCAGGAUGAAGUGUCGAGGCCUUCCUCCGCAGAGGAGGAGCUCGCUCGGUUGAAGGUGGAGACUAUGCGGUACAUGGUGUCCUCCGUGAACUACAGCCUUGGAGAGUCACUGCACAACAGUCGCAUGAUCUAUUUCACGAACGAUCAAGCCUUGAAAGUCUCUCCGGUCCAGAUGCCGAUGGUGAGGGAGGCCCUAGGAAUCCAUGAGCCAAAGCUGGUCAUUCGUCUAGUUCCCAGCCAAAGAGGCCGGACAUACUGGGAUGGCCGGCCGAACAUCAAGAACAUCAUACCCACAAAGGCCAAUCCUGAGCUUGAAGGACACGACCCCAGGUUUCCAUCUGCGAGCAAGUUUUGA